AUGCCCCCGACUAUCUACGCCAUGUUCAAGGGCAACCAGGACGGUGCAACGGCCAAGCCCAAGUGCUCUCUGGAGGCCGACUGGCCUUCUAGCUAUGGUGAUGUCUAUUUCGGCGCUGAUAACUGCCUCUAUGAUUCCAAUGGCCAGAACAUCAACAGCCAGUGCUGCAAGAUGAGCAACGACCUUCCGGAGGUUGCUAACCCUUACCACUAA